UCCACACAGGUGGUCGUGCCGGUCCCCGACACGAUGUUGCCCAAAGUUCUACUGAUCCUCCUGAACAUAUUCCUGAUCCUCCAGUCGAGGGUUGAAGGACCUCAGGCUGCACCAGAAAAUGAAGACUCUACCCAUGAUGUUGUUGUCUAUGGCCCCCAGCCCCAGCCUCCUAGCAGGAAGCUCCUCUCUGAAGAAACAACGCCUACUGCCUCUGUGAUCGGGCGCCCAUCUGGCAAACUGCCAGAAGCCACUCGCAUCCUGAACACCAUUCUGAGUAACUAUGACCACAAACUGCGCCCUGGAAUUGGUGAGAAGCCCACUGUGGUCACUGUUGAGGUCUCUGUCAACAGCCUUGGCCCUCUUUCCAUCCUGGACAUGGAAUACACCAUUGACAUCAUCUUCUACCAGACGUGGUAUGAUGAACGCCUUCGUUACAAUGACACCUUUGAGACCCUUGUUCUGAAUGGCAAUGUGGUGAGCCAGUUGUGGAUCCCGGACACCUUUUUUAGGAAUUCUAAGAGGACCCAAGAGCAUGAGAUCACCAUGCCCAACCAGAUGGUGCGCAUCCACAAGGAUGGCAAGGUGUUGUACACAAUUAGGAUGACCAUUGAUGCGGGAUGUUCACUCCACAUGCUCAAAUUUCCAAUGGAUUCUCACUCUUGCCCUCUGUCUUUCUCUAGCUUUUCCUAUCCUCAAAGUGAGAUGAUCUACAAGUGGGAUAAUUUCAAGCUUGAAAUAAAUGAGAAGAACUCCUGGAAGCUCUUCCAGUUUGAUUUUACGGGAGUGAGCAACAAAACUGAAAUUAUCUCAACCCCAGCUGGUGACUUCAUGGUCAUGACAUUUUUCUUUAAUGUGAGUAGGCGUUUUGGUUUCGUUGCCUUUCAAAACUACGUCCCUUCUUCUGUGACCACGAUGCUUUCCUGGGUUUCCUUUUGGAUUAAGAAGGAGUCUGCUCCAGCCAGGACCUCUUUAGGCAUCACCUCUGUGCUCACCAUGACCACGCUGGGCACCUUUUCUCGUAAGAAUUUUCCACGUGUCUCCUAUAUCACAGCCUUGGAUUUCUAUAUUGCAAUCUGCUUUGUCUUCUGCUUCUGUGCUCUGAUGGAGUUUGCUGUUCUCAACUUCCUGACCUACAACCAGACGAAAGCCCAUGCUUCUCCGAAACUCCGCCAUCCUCCUCUUGGUAGCCGUACCCAUGCCCAAACCCGUGCUCGUGCUCGUGCCCGCGCCCGUGCCCGCCAGCAGCAGGAAGUGUUUGUGUGCGAGAUUGUCACCUCUGAGGGAAGUGAUGGAGAGGAACGCCUGUCUUGCUCUGCCCAGCGGUCCCCAAGCCCAGGUACCCCCCAGGGUCCCCGCAGCCUGUGCUCCAAGCUAGCCUGCUAUGAGUGCUGCAAGGGUUUCAAGAAGUAUUUCUGCAUGGUCCCUGAUUGUGAGGGCAGUACCUGGCAGCAGGGCCGCCUCCGCAUCCACAUCUACCGCCUGGAUAACUACUCACGAGUUGUUUUCCCAGUCACCUUCUUCUUCUUCAACGUGCUCUACUGGCUUGUUUGCCUUAACCUGUAGGUGCCAGCUGGUACCCUAUGGGGCAGCCUCCCCAUUUCCCCGGGAGGUCCCAAGCCCCUUGCCAAGGGAGAUGAGAGACAGCAGCAGCAGCAGGAGCACCUCUCCCUUUCCUUCUCUGUUCCCCAAAUCUAAGCCUAUGGAGAGUUUGUCUUUGCUGGCCCUCUCCACACUGGCCCCUUCACUCAGUCUCCUCAGCAUCCCCUUUCAGGUAACCUACCCACGUCUCUGUUUUUUCAAGGAGCAUUCGUGAUGCUCUGUCUUAAAAAUCAUAGGCCCUCAGUAAUGAGUUCCCUAAAAUCAUGCCCAUGUUUAAGCAGAUUAGCUAUCUCCCAACUGUGCUGACAGUCAUUGCCUUUUUCCAGAAACCCAUUAUUGCCUUUGUGGUGCUACAGGCCCACCUCUGGCCUCAGCCUCAAAGUGCACAGACAAGCUGCUCACCUAUUCCUGACAAUUCUUAAUGAUGCUGGGCAGCAGUACAACAGGAGGCGGGGACACCCCAUCUUAAAACAGAUUAUUAUGUUCUUGUUUUAAUCUCCCUGCCCUCCCUUCCCAUGCAGAUAGGCAGACACUGGAAUUAACUCUUUAGGAAGAGGGAAACCAGCAAGUGGGCCUGUUUAUGACAGUAUCCCUUCCUCUGCUGCUGUGACACCUCCCUCUCCCACCCAGCCUCCAUCUGCACUACCAAUUCAAUGCCCUGCAUCCAGUGGGUAUCUAUUUUUGUGUGUGAUAAUAGUAAUUACCCCCUGCUUUUAUGCCACCUUCCUCCUCCUCCUUUGACCCCUGUGACUCUUUCUGUAACUUCCCCAGUGACUUUCCCAGCCCUGAUCCAGGUGCUAGGCCUUGGUGACUUCCUAGGGCCAAGAAAGUAAGGAAGCUCUUUUAUUUUGCAGCAGGUGCCCAUCUCAGGCACAGUUUACAAGUUUGAUUGUUUCCUUGGUCCCUGGACCCAUGAGCCAGUCCACUUUUAUCCCUGGGGCACUCAUACAAUCACAAUCAAUUGAAUUCCCUUAAAUUUUAAAUUUUAUGGCACUUUACCUUGACAAAGCACUUUUGACAAAUUAUUUUUGACAAAUCAUUUAUAUUUAGAGCCUCAUUGAUAGUCAGCCCUGUGACAUCUUUAGGGCAGGAUUCUUAUCCCCUCUAUGCAGAUGGGAACCCUGAGGCACAGAUUUCUAUGGGACUGUGGAUCUCACUGGAAGCCACUCAGGAGCCCACUGUCACCUUCUAGAUCACGUGACAGGGCUAGGCAGCUCUGUUCACCAUGAUUCAAUUCUAUCGCCUCUGCUGGCACCCCAGUGGCAGGGUCCAGAAUGGCAGGAUCCCUUCAGCAUUGGCCUGCUCAAUUCUUGGACCUGAGGUGCUCAGACUGCCCCCCAGAUCGAACUUCUCCUGGCUCUAGUCACCCAGUGAGAUGAAUUUGGACACGCCCCAAUGCUUGUAUAUGCUGAAUGAAAUCUGUGUCUGUAUUUU